AUGGCUUCACAGAAGCCACCUUUACGAUACAUUGAUAUCGGCAUCAACCUGGGAGACCCCGUUUUUCGAGGCAUCUACCACGGCAAACAGGCUCAUGAGGAUGAUCUCAAAGAUGUUGUACAGCGGGCCUUGGACAUAGGAUGCAGGAAAAUGAUGAUCACGGGCUCAAGCCUGAAAGAAUCACAUCACGCUGUCGAUUUGGCACGGCAGUAUCCUGGAAUAUGCUACGCUACAGUAGGAGUACACCCUUGCUCGACACAAGACUUCGACAACCACCCCAGAGGCCCCGAUGGCCUCAUCGAUGAUCUAAGAAAGCUAGCCACAGAUGCCAAAGACGUGGUCGUCGCAUUCGGCGAGAUCGGCCUCGACUACGACCGCCUGUUCCUUUCGCCCAAGGACACCCAGCUCAAGUACUUCGAGAAGCAAAUGGCGCUGGCACUCGAGCUCCAGCUACCACUCUUCCUGCAUUCAAGAGCCUGUCACGAAGACUUCGAGCGCAUCAUGCGCCAGAACCUGAAUAGCCUCCCGAAACGAGGCCUCGUGCAUAGCUUCACCGGCACGCCGGAAGAAAUGCGGAGUCUCGUCAGCAUGGGCUUCGACAUCGGCAUCAACGGCUGCAGUAUGAAGACUGAGGAAAAUCUUGCAGUCGUGAAGGAAGUCCCACUGGAGAGACUGCAGAUUGAGACUGAUGGGCCGUGGUGUGAAAUCAGGGCUUCGCAUGCUAGUUCGGCUUUCCUAAAGGAUGGCGGGCCGACGAUGCCGAAGGGAGUGAAGAAGGAGAAAUGGGCGAAAGGCAUGAUGGUGAAAGGGAGGAAUGAACCUGUCACAAUCGCACAGGUGGCACAUGUUGUGGCCAAGGUCAAAGGGGUCGAUGUAGAGGAGGUUUGUGAGGCGGGCUGGCGUAAUUCGGUGCGAAUGUUCGAGCUCGGCGAAGUCGCGAGUCGGUUGGCGACAUCCUGA